GCGAGUUUGUUUAUAAAUAAUUCUCGCCUUCUUGUAAGAACAAACAAUACUUGUGAGAGUCCCAACCCAACCAAAAAUGGACACCAACAAUGUCGGGAGAAUGGAGAGCCAAAACCAACAUUCACAGUCACAUGAACCAUUACCAACCAAAGGCACCACCUUCCUAAGAACAUGCUUCAAUGGAGUCAACACUUUAUCUGGUGUCGGGAUACUUUCUAUCCCCUAUGCACUCUCAGAAGGUGGGUGGUUAAGCAUAAUUUUACUACUCUUGGUUGCUCUUUUAUGUUUCUACACAGGUUUACUUCUUCGAAGAUGCAUGGAUUCAGAUCCACUCAUCAAAACCUACCCCGACAUAGGCCAAGUGGCAUUUGGGAGAAAAGGGAGGGCGAUUAUUUCUACCUUCAUGUACCUCGAGCUUUUCUUGGUGGCAGUCGAGUUUUUAAUUAUGGAAGGUGACAAUUUACACAAGUUAUUUCCAAAGGAAAGUUUUGACAUUUUUGGAAUGAAAAUUGGAGGGAAACAAGGGUUUGUUUUGGUGACUGCUCUUGUGGUAUUGCCUACAACUUGGUUGAGAAAUUUGGGGGUGUUGGCAUAUGUUUCUGCUGGCGGAGUAAUUGCAUCGGUGAUUCUGGUGUUGGCUGUGUUUUGGGGUGGUGCUUUUGAUGGAGUUGGAUUCCAUGAGAGAGGGGAACUCUGGAAUUGGAAUGGGUUGCCAACUGCCGUAAGCUUGUUUACUUUUUGUUACUGUGGUCAUGCUGUUUUUCCAACUCUAUGCAAUUCCAUGAAGGAUAAGUCCCAAUUCCCCAAGGUUCUAGUUGUUUGCUUUAUUUUAAGCACCAUAAGCUAUGGAUCUAUGGCGAUAUUAGGCUACUUGAUGUUCGGGGAACACUUGGCAUCACAAGUAACUUUAAAUCUUCCCACAAAAAAUAUAAGUUCAAAAAUAGCAAUUUACACGACAUUGAUGAACCCCAUAACCAAAUACGCGUUAAUUAUAGCACCAAUCGCGACAUCAGUAGAAGAAACAUUUCCAUUUCGAGAAAGCAAGAUGAUGAGUUGUCUAAUCCGAACAUGUCUGUUGAUCAGCACAGUCUUUGUGGCGUUGUUGGUUCCCUAUUUUGGCUACGUGAUGGCAUUUAUGGGUGCAUUUUUGGGCAUUAAUGUGUCGAUAUUGUUUCCAUGUUUAUGUUAUUGGAAGAUCACAACAGGGUUCAAGAAAUUUGGAACAGAAAAGAUGCUGAUUCUGAUGAUCUUGUUUAUUGGAACUUUUGUUGCAAUGGUGGGUACUUAUACGGCAUUAACAAACAUUAUGAAUGAGAAACUCAGUAUUGAGCACACACUACAAAAAAUGCAGCUAUUACCGGCGACACUAAUAGCGGCGACAACACCUUUAGCGGCGACUUUUCGAAAAGUCGCCGCUAAUGGUGUUGUCGCCGCUAUUGAUAUCGCCGGUAAUGCCUACCUACCCGAAUCCGCGUUUUCACGUUCUGAUGAACAUCUACCGUUUGAUCAUUUUUCUAAUCUAAUGGCUGAGAAACUCGUGGAACGCACAAACCCAAUACCGGCGACAAUAUGUCGCCGCUAA